AUGAAGCAAAUAUUUGGAUUUACUGAUUAUUUGGGUCCAUUAGCUGCAUCAAUGUGCUUUUUUGUCGCAAUUUUUUUACUAUCACUGAUUAUUAAUUUCAUUUGGAUUUCAAAAGAUGAUGAACGUACUAUUUUCGAAAAGUUUGGUUCAAAUUUAUGUGGCGUCCAUCGAAUGCGUCAUCGUUCUAAAAAGGGUACAAAAAUGAUGAAUAAACUAAUGGUUAAUUCAUAUGGUCCAGCAGUUGACACCACCGUCGUCUAA